GACAAACGUGUUACUGUAAAGGGAGGGACUUUACAGAUACUGAAAAGUUUUGCUGGCGGGUCUAGUUCCCUAUCUUUUUGGUCUUAUCAGAGCUUUAUGGUAUCUGAACAACACUUAAGAUGUAGGCCGUCAUUGUAAAUAAGAAUUUGUUCUUAACUGACUUGCCUAGUUAAAUAGAGGUUACAUUUAAAUAAAAAAAGACAACGAGACAUUGUUCUCAGAAUGGAGCUGUUAUCUUGAGAGUUCAUCAAUUGCAUGGAAUUAUUGGAGUAAUGUGUUGAAUACGUUGUUUUACCCUUGCCGACAUUCUUCUGCGAUAGUGAGAUAGACAGGAUUGUAGUUCUCUAUAUAUGUUUAUAGAGAUACAUGUAGUAUGGACGUAGAUCCAGUAUGGUUGGAGUCCAGUCUAUGGGUCGGUAAGAAACGUUACCGGGCAGCACUUACUGGCUGUCACCUCAACUGGACUGAGCUUGAUAAGAAGAACCGCGAUAAGAAGACCGUUUCAGUACCAGUAUCUGAGGUUAUUGGUGUGGAGGAGGGGCGUGUGCAGGUUCUACCCCAGAGGUCAGUAGCUAAAGACACAGACAGAGAAUUCACAGUGUUCUAUGUGAAACGCAGCAGCAGCAGUAGGUCCUAUGGGUUGUUAUGGCGCCUGGGCAGGACCCAGUUCUGCUGUCCCAGUAGGGACCUCAGAGACCAGUGGAUGACCCAGCUGAGGAUGGCCCUCAAAACACACAGCCCCUCUCGUCCUCACAGGUUGUUGGUGUUUAUCAACCCGUUUGGAGGAAAGAAACAAGGGAGGCAGAUCUAUCACUCUCUAGUGGCCCCACUGUUUGAGCUGGCAGGUAUCAGCUCUCAUGUUGUAGUGACAGAACGGGCCAACCAGGCGAGAGACCACAUACUGAAGAAAGACCUGACUGGUUUCGAUGGUGUGGUGUGUGUGGGCGGGGACGGAAUCUUCAGUGAGCUGCUGCACGGUGUGAUUGGCCGAACACAGCAGGAGGCAGGGCUAUCGGAGCAUGACCCCUCCCUAACGCUACAGUCAUGUGAUCUUCACAUUGGCAUCAUUCCUGCAGGCUCUACAGACUGUGUGUGUUUCGCCACUGUGGGAGUCAACGACCCAGUGACCUCUGCUCUGCACAUUAUCAUUGGAGACUCUCAGCCUCUGGAUGUGUGUUCUGUCCACCAUCGCUCGUCUCUGGUGCGUUACUCUGUGUCUCUGGUGGGGUACGGGUUCUAUGGUGACGUGCUGGCUGAGAGCGAGAGACACCGCUGGAUGGGGCCUCUCAGAUAUGACUACUCAGGUGCUAUGGUGUACCUAAGUAACAGGAGCUAUGCAGGCGUAAUUCAGUACCUACCAGCAGACUCCCAGCUCUCCAACCCCAGGGACAAUACACGCUGCCUCUCUGGGUGCAGUGUGUGUUCUAAUGGCACAGAGAGACUGUUCCCCCACUCUCCAGGUGCUAGUUCCCUCUACAGCUCCCACUUUAGUCAAUUCAGCAGCGACACUGAGGGUGAGUGGGUGAGUGUGGAGGGCCGGUUCAGGGCUGUGUCGCUCACCUGUAUGUCCAGCUCCUGUCCUCGCAGUCCCCUGGGCCUGUCCCCCUCCGCACACCUGGCCGAUGGGACAGGUGACCUGAUCAUCGUACGGGACACACACCCCUUAGGGUUCCUCACCUUCCUACACAGACACACCAGCACACAGGACCAGUUUGACUUGCCGUUCGUGGACGUCCACCGAGUGAAGGCAGUACGCUUUUCUUUCCCUACCGGAGGAGAGGAGGACAAGGAUGAAGAGAGGGAGAGAGUGAAUGAUGGAGGGAUGACGGAGGAAGGAAAGAGACCAAGCCGAAGCAGUUCCCACAAGCACCUGGUAGAAAGAGGAGAGGAGCGAGGGCAGAAAGACUUCCUGUGUGGUUUGUGCUGCAGUAAGGCUCCUACAGUGUCUGUGUGGAACUGUGACGGAGAGAUACUGCCUCACACUGAGAUCUCCUGCAGGGUUCAUGGUCAGCUGGUACGUCUGUAUGCCCGGGGCAUUGAGGACGGAUCAGCCACGCCCCAGGAAGUGCCAAGACGGACACAGGAACUGCAAAGGGAGAUGUGUCCUCAACUACUGAGGAAGGCUGAGUUAGGGUCCGUUCACACUACUUGCAGAGAAAAACACUAUGCAGAGAUGACGACAUUAAUGAUUGGUAUCAAUGAUUUUGCCGACCAAUGAAAUGGCUUCCUUUCUGUUUCCAGUGUAAAUAUUUCAAUACCAAAGUCUUAAGAUGGAGAUUUGAAUUUG